AUGCAGCCUGCUGUCCCUCUGGGUAUGAAUGACCUCAAGCGCAAACUCUUAGCUGUCUGUACCGGCGCCGCUCCGACAACGGCACCGGCCGCUCCCACCGCCGUUUCAUACGUGCCCAAUUCUUACUUCCCGUUCCCGUUCGUCGCCACUUCCCUUGACCGGGGCGAGUGCUCCGACGCUGUUCAGCAGUGCUCCCGAAACUACGAAAGCUGCGUCACCCAACUGGACGGUAAUACAGGCUUCGGCGUCACUGUCGUCAUCCCCGGUGGAGGCGGCACCACCGUCGCCGCCACCCGGGUGGACGUCGGAACCUCCGCCACGCCGAUUUGCGCCAGUCUAAGUUCUCGCGCCUGCCACGGCAUAGCAUACGACCAAUGCUCACAGACGACAACAGUGGGUGGGGUCGUGAUAAAUGCGGCUGCCCGGCCGACACAAGCUUCCGUGGCUGGAAUGGUUGCCGGCAUCGGAGUCGUCGUCUUUGGCGUCAUGCGAUGA